UGCGUGGCACGGUGCCUGGGGCAUAAACAAGGGCUGCAGCUACCACCACUUCUACUGCGGUUACCACCACCAUCGUAUUUUCAGGAAAAGCUGGAUGAAGAGGUUGAAGAUGACAGUGAUGCAGAGACCUAUGGAGAAGAGAAUGAAGAACAGGGAAAUUAUUCUAAAAGAAAGAUAGUCUCUAACUGGGAUCGAUAUCAAGAUACUGAAAAAGAGGUCGAUAAUGAAAGUGGAGAAUCACAGAGGGGGACAGAUUUCAGUGUUCUUCUCAGCUCUGCAGGGGACUCCUUCUCACAGUUCCGGUUCGCCGAGGAGAAAGAGUGGGAUGGUGAAGCUUCAUGUCCAAAGCAGAAUUCAGCAUUUUAUGUGAACUGUGAGUCAUUGGUUCAAGCCCUUCAAGAACUGCCUCUCUCACUUCGACUCAAUGUUGCUGCUGAAUUGGUCCAGACUGCCCUUCCUUUAGAGCUUCCUCAGGUGAAACCAAAGAGAAAUGAUGAAGGCAAGGGACUCGGGAUGCAGUUAAAAGGGGCUCUGGGGCUUGGAGGAAAGGGGUCUGUCUCUGAGCUGAAAUCUGCUGCUGCUGGCUGUCCCUUGUACCUGGGUAAAGAUAGCCCAAGACCGGGUCCUUCUACGGGUUCUCAGAAGCCCACUGCCCCACUUCAGUCAGCAGCAGACCACUUGGAAGAAGAAUUAGAUCUGCUGCUUAAUUUAGAUGCACCUGUAAAAGCAGGGGCUAACAUCUUACCAGACCAGACACCUCAGGACCUGGAAUCCCAGAAAGAUGAGGAGGUGGCUCAAGAAGAAAAAGUUCUUGCAAAACCAGCUGUGACGGAAGAAAAGAACAUGGAAUCAGAGCAACCAAGUACAUCAAAAAAUGUUACUGAGGAAGAGCUUGAAGACUGGUUGGACAGCAUGAUUUCCUAACCAAAAAAAAAAAAUGUCUGAAGCCAAUUUUGGUUGCCUUGUAAGUAAGGGUGGGCCCAAGGCUGUCCUUCAAGAAUAGCUGGUAUACAAGCAUGUAAACCAGUGUGUUCUAUCAUGCUUACCGCUAAACACCUAGCUCUGUGUUUGACAACAGCUAAAAUAAUCUGUUUGAAGAGGCUCAUCGCAUUUGUUCUCUGGCUUAGUAAUCUAAGACAUUCUUUAAGGGCAGGGGAUGUUAUGGCCGCCGUUUCCAGCUUCCUUCCUCUCAGUGUUUAUGGCAAGUGCUGCUGCUGAAGAGAAUAGAAGCCACAAGGCAUGCAUUUGGCAAAAAUAAAACAAAUGGUGGUCUA